UUUACACUGUAUUUAAAGACGUGUGAAUGAAUGGCAGUAGUUUAUGGUAAAUUUUGGAAUGUAUUUAUUGAUUUGAUUACAGAUUAAAAGUAACACGUAGCAUAGCGUGAAGUGAAUAAAAACUAUGCCCACGGUAGACCUGAAACGCGAAUAUGUCCCUGAAAACUGCAACCGUCCAUGCCAAGUGGAUUAUUGGCAAGGUAAUCGGCACCAAAAUGCAUAAAACAGCAAAAGUUCGAGUGACACGUCUUGUACUUGAUCAAUAUUUGCUUAAGUAUUACAACAAAAGGAAGACUUACUUUGCCCAUGAUGCCUUAGAACAGUGUACUGUAGGUGAUAUUGUUCUUCUAAAAGCUCUUCCAGAAAGGAGAUCUAAACAUGUAAAACAUGAACUUACUGAAAUUGUGUUUAAAGUUGGAAAUGUCAUUGAUCCAUUAACUGGAAAGAAGGUGGCUGGAACCAAAUUCAUAGAAUCUCUGGGAGAGCCCACUGAAGAUUCUGCAGGAUCUUUGACAAAUAAGCUAGAUAAAUUAACCCUCUCUGCUGCUCCAGGAGAAGCCCAUGAAAAAAACUCUGGACUGUAAAUUCCCAUUUGGUUCUCUAUACAGUGUAUAUACUCAAAUCUUUAUUUCAAAUUAUGUUGCAAGUAGUCUAUUGGUGGUUUCUUUUCUAAUGCCUAUUAAAUCAUUAACAUCUUUUA